AUGUGCAAUCUGGUUGACGACCUUGAUGAUGAAACUUUUAAGAUCAAAUUGCUCGACAAGUCUGAUCCACCAGAAAGUCAGCCUGGCAGUCUUGAUGACGCUUACGUGCUGCAGAGUGAAUCUCAGGCAGUUGAUUCUGAUUUCUGUAAUGAUAACGGCCGGCUUCAUGAGCGGGUCACUGUCACUUUCUCUUAUGAAAGUCUGGAGCAGAACGAUGGCCUGAUAGAUGUGGAAGAGGUUUCUGGUUAUGAUUACUCACCUGAUGUGUCAGGGACUGACUGGGCUUUGUUAAAGCUCAGUGAUGUCCAGAUAUUGCCUGGUGGUCUCCUAACACAUUGUGGAUUCAUUCGUCACAGUGGUGGAAUUAGCAUUGUUGGACAUCCAGAUGGUGGAACGAAAAAGAUUGAAUCUUGUUUGGUUGUUUCAUCUGAGAACCGGAAUCGGGUUGUGGAAAGGCAUUACAGUAACAAUAAAGAGCCUGUCCAGUUCGUUACUCGCAGGUUCUUUGAAAAAGUGGCAGUUGAUCUUAAACAGCGCAAACACCUUCUGACUUACGAGUCUUGUUUGUAUUUUGGGUCGUCUGGCUCUCCUGUCUUUAACGAGGACAGCGAUGUUGUUGCAAUGCAUCCAGGAGGGUAUGCCUACCCUGGUGUGAUGGGUCAAAACCAGAGUGUCAUAGAGUUUGGGUAUCCCUUUUCUGACAUCAUUGAGCACAUCAUUAUUCAAAUGGUGGAGAGAGAAAAGUUUGAUGUGUUGAAAGAAUACCUCAGUUGCAAAUGUGCUCGACAGCAAAACUUUUUGGUUGAUGUGAAAAAGCUCGUUGAGAGCAGAAAUCUCACAAGGUUUAAAAAUGUAGUGAACAGUUCAGUGGCUGUAGAUGACGAGAGUUUGAAGGCUUUCUUUGAAUUCUUCUCUCGGAGAGAGCAGCCAGAGCCCAUGGAUAUUAACUGA